AUGAGCCAAUCAGUCAGUCGCGCUGUCCAGCUGUCGCCCCUGGACGAGCGCAAAGCGGCGCUCAAGCACGAGCACGCGGCCUACGUCGAGGCGCACCCGGAGAUCAAGACGCUGCUCAGUGGCUUCAUGUCGGCGCUGCUGCUGGAGAAACCGCAGGACGUUGCGGCGUUCGCGACCACUCACUUUUCGGCCAUGAGGCCGUUCCAUCGCGCCCAGCUCGAGCCGAUCGUGAUUGCUGGUCCCUCGGGCGUUGGCAAAGGCACGCUCAUUAACUUACUGCUGCGGCAGUUCCCCGACACGUUUGGCUUUUCCGUGAGCCAUACGACGCGCGGGCCGCGGGAGGGGGAAGUGGACGGCGUGGCGUACCACUUUAUGGAGAAGAGUAGGAUGCUCGAGGAGAUUGCAGCUGGCCGGUUCCUCGAACACGCCGAGGUGCAUGGCAACCUCUAUGGAACGAGCAGACGCGCUGUGCAGGAAGUGCAGGACCAGGGCAAGAUUUGCAUCCUGGACAUUGAUAUUCAGGGCGUGAAACAGGUCAAGCAGGCGGGCCUUCGCGCCAAGUAUCUCUUCGUUGCCCCGCCUUCCAUGGACGAGCUUGAAGAUCGUCUGCGUGGACGCGCCACCGAGACGGAGGACAAGAUCCAGCUGCGCUUGAAGAAUGCAGCUGGCGAAAUUGCGUUCAGCGAGCAGCCGGGUGUGUUUGACGCUGUCCUUGUCAAUAAGGUGGUCGACGAUAGCUUUCGUGAGCUAAGUACUAUACUCAAGCAAUGGUACCCCACGGCGGAUCUGAAUUCGACGAGUUGA